AUGACCGGAUUAACCGGUCAACGCAUUGAAGAAAAAGGUGAAAAGGGAAAAAACGGCUAUCCAUCUAAUUUCUCUUCAAAUCGAGGACUUUUUGGUUCUGUAAUCAAUGUUGCCGCCACGUCAGCAACCAAAGUCCGGGACCAAAUCCGUGAUUCACCAACCGAAAGUGCAAGUUCCCGUGAAACCUGGCCCACACCCGACCCAUUAACAGUAUCCAAACCACCAGAAAACGAACAUUCUGUCAUCCGCCAUAUAACUGACAAAAUGUCUCUUAGAGACAUUUCAAGAGAAAGAGUCGAUAUAAUCGCAGAAAGAAUGCAUCAUCUUCCCAACGAGUAUUUAGACAAGCUAAAAAACGAACUCCGUGGUCUUAUCGAAGGAAUGGGUGGUCAUCAACAUAGAGAAGAAUACAUUUUUCUUCAAAAAAUGGUUUUGAGUCGUGGUGAUUUGACCGAAAAGACCCUGGUUAUAGCUCACCGAGGGCAGUUAGAAAUCUUGGUUGCUAUAAAAACUGGAAUCCAAGCUUUCCUUCAUCCAACUGUUAGUCUAUCUCAAGCUUCUUUAAUUGAAAUCUUUUUAUACAAAAGAUGUAGAAACAUCGCGUGUGGAAACCAGAUCCCUGCUGAUAACUGCACGUGUGAGAUUUGUGUAAAAAGAAACGGUUUCUGUAAUCUUUGCAUGUGUGUGAUCUGUAGCAAGUUUGAUUUUGAGGUGAAUACGUGUCGUUGGAUAGGGUGUGAUGUGUGUUCUCAUUGGACACAUACGGAUUGUGCAAUACAUAAUGCACAAAUUGGGAAUGGUGGGAGUUUGGGGGAGAUGGUUUUCAGGUGUAGGGCGUGUAUGAGGACAUCUGAAUUGUUUGGAUGGGUGAAAGAUGUAUUUCAUCAUUGUGCUCCUUUGUGGGAUCGAGAGGCUUUGGUUAGAGAACUUGAAUAUGUGAGUAGGAUUUUUCGGGGGAGUGAAGAAGUUAGAGGGAGGAAAUUGUAUUGGAAGUGUGGAGAACUUGUCGAAAAGUUGAAAACUGGGGUAGCAGAACCUGUGGCUUCAAAGGCUAUACUCUCCUUUUUCCAAGAGUUUGACAUAGACCCCCGAAAACAUGAAGAAAGUGGUGGGGUAAUGGCCCCACAAGAAGCAUUCAACCGAAUAGCAGACGUGGUCCAAGAAGCCAUUAAGAAAAUGGAAAUGGUGGAAGAAGAAAAAGUGCGUAUGACAAAAAAAGCGCGUUUAGCACUGGAGGCAUGCGAUCAAGAACUGAAAGACAAAGCGCGAGAAGUAGCCGCCUUAAAAAUGGAAAGACAAAAAAAGAAGCAACAAGUGGAGGAGCUCGAAAGCAUCGUCAGACUCAAACAGGCCGAGGCCGAGAUGUUUGACCUUAAAGCCGCCGAGGCCCGCCGCGAAGCCGACCGCCUGCAACGGAUCGCGCUUGCAAAAGUUGAAAAAUCGGAGGAUGAUUACGCUAGCAGGUAUUUGAAACAGAGGUUACAUGAGGCUGAAGCUGAAAAACAGUAUUUAUUUGAGAAGAUGAAGUUGGCAGAAACUUCAUCCAGAGGUGGCGGCAGUAGUGGCAGCGGUGGUGGUGGUGGUGGCGGCGGCGGCGGUGUUGGUGGUGGUGGUGAGCCGUCUCAGAUGAUGAUGUAUAAUAAGAUUCAGGAUUUGCUCAAGAACAUGUACACUGCGCCGACAAAAGGAGACGGGCAAGCGAGUGAUAUACGCUCACGUGGGUCCGUUUGAUUUGGUUAUUUUAUUUUAUUUUUUUGGGGAUGAUUUGGAUUUUUUUAUUUUUUUUUGUUAUGUUAUGUUGUUUAUAAUUGUAGUUCAAAGUUGUAGUAACUUAACUUUAUACCGGAUAAGGUAGAGUAUGAUGACCUUGUACUGUGUUUGGCAUGCAUUGGACUCGGAUUGAGAUUGAGAUUGGGAUUUGAGAUUGGGAUUGGGAUUGAUAAUGAUGGUAGUGGGAUAAAACUUGUGAUCUUUGUAAUGCCCUUCUUAUAAAUUUCAUUAAAC